AUGUGUAUUUGUCUUGGUCCUGCUAAAUCUGGCAAAACUUUUCUGUUGAAGCGUUUACAAGGAGAUGAAAUGGACGAUGCGACACAUACCGUUAACACUAAUGGUAUAAAUCUUUUUACAAUAAAAAAUAGCACCGGAGAGUUUGACAUCAUUAUUAAAGAAAUUGGUGGUGGUAUGGCGCCAAUAUGGAAGCAUUAUUUUGAUAAGAUAGGGAAAAUCAUUUAUGUCGUGGAUACAAGCAAUCUGUGUCAAAUAAGUGCGGCAGGAGUAUUACUUUAUACUCUGCUAGUAGACCCCAAAUUGCAAAAUAUAAAAAUCGCAUUAACGCUGAAUAAAAUGGAUCUUUCUUAUCGUCAAAUGCGUAAUGAAGCCUUAUUAAUGCUUCAAUAUUCACGUCUACAAGAAGAAGUUACACAAGAGCUCACUGUAUUUGAAACUAGUGGUAUGACUGGUCAAGGUAUAGAAGAAUUAAGAAACUGGUUAUUCGAUCCUGUCACUUUAAAAGCUGCAAUCAACGCAAAUAAAUAAAAUUAUUAUAACAAGUGGACAUUUCUUUUUAUAUAUUAUAUAUUCGUUCAACUCGAUCUUACAAACAUUCUACGGAUGCUGUUUUUAAAUAACUUGUUAUACCAAUUGUGUAUCGCAUUAUCAUGUUUAUUACGUUCAGAAAUAAAAACAUCGUCAAACCAGAAAUUCGAUAAUUAGUGCUGAGCGGAAAGAGUAAUCGUUUAAUAAUCUCAUACCAUAGUAACUUUACAAAUUUUUAGCGUGCCUUUGAUAUUUUUUAAAUAAUUAUUAAUUAAUAAGUUUUCAACAUUUUUAAUAGUAAGUACUAUUACGCGAUUGUUAUUUAAUAUCAUAAAAAAUACGUUAUUAUUUAUAUGAAUUCGAAAAUACUUGUAAGAGAACUAGGUCAU